AUGAGAGUUGAGGUCCUCUGCUUCGUGGUGGGCCUCGCCUGCCUGUGGAAAGACCUGUCUGGUGAACAGGUGGAACAGGUGAGGACUGUGCGUGUAGGCUUGGACGUACAGCGGCGAGAUGUAUCCACGGGGAGGGCCACGGCGGCGCUGCUGGAGGCCACGACGCGGCUCUCCUGCUGCGUCAUCUUCCUCAGUGACGGCGACGCGGCGGCCCUCACCGACUACCGGGUGACCCCCAAAUAUCUUCAGGUGCGUCGGCUGUCGUGGUGCACGGUGGUGGUGGUGGUGAGUCACGACCCGGCCUUCCUCGCCGCCUUCGCCGAGUGGUCGCUGAGGGGCCGGCUGCUGGUGUGGUCCAGCAGGCUGGUGGUGGUGACCCGCCUGGCCCUCCCGCAGCUCCAGGCCAUCCUGCCCGACCACUGGACCUUCGCCAUGAUGAACGCUGUGUUCCUUAACAAGGACUUUACCUUCUCCAACAGUCACCACGUAUGGAGCCACCUGCCAUACAGCUCGGCCGGGGCCCAGGUGGUACAGGUGGCCUCUUGGACGCCCACGCGUGGACUUGUUAUCGCCGAGAGUCGCUCUCUUUUUCAAGAAAAAUUCAAAAACUUCCACGGUGCCCGCGUGAACGUGACAGCCUUGCCGUUCGCACCAUUCUGGGAGGAGCGAGCGGGGCCCAACAACACCACCAUAUACUCCGGCACCGACUACAACACCAUAGCGGCCGUCGCCGGAGCCCUUAACUUCACCUUUCGUGUUUUGCCCACCUCCUCCUGGGCCGAGGUGGCCCGCCUGGUAUCCGUGCGCGUGUCCUUCCUGUCUCCCGUCUACCACAACGUAAUGCCGCAAAGGCUGGAGCGUUAUGACUUCUCCUUCGUGUACGAGUACGGGUCUCUGGACUUCAGCAUGGCACCGCCCGGCCUCCAGCCUAGGUGGCAGGCCCUCUACUACCCACUGGAUGACUUGGUGUGGGCCGCCACCCUCUUGGCUCUCCUCCUCACACCCUUCAUCCUUGUUCUGAUCAUUAAGGCAAUGGGUGACGCGGCACACGGUGGUGACAAGUCUAAGCUGUACUCCGGGGCGGUGUUCCAGGACAUGACGGGGAUGCUGCUAGGCCAGAACCUCCCUCGCCGCCUGCCCACCACCUCCUCCACCCGUGUGCUGGUGGCCGCCUGGCUGCUGUUCGCCUUCAUCAUAGGAUCGGCCUACCGAGGAAACCUGACCGCCUCCCUCACCCUGCCAAUCUAUCCUCCCCGCCCUGAGUCGCUGCAGGAGCUCGUAGACACCGCAGAAAGGAUAACAAUGCAGCCGUACGGCGUUGAGUUCAGAAACUUUUUCGCCAAGUCAGACUCGCCAGUGUUCCAGAAGUUGGCGAGCCUCAUAGACUUCGUGCCCUCGAUAGAAAUUGGGCAGCAAGAGGCCGUCGAGAGGAAGCAAGCCCACCUGGAAAACAAGCGGUACCAGCAGCUGCGGAUCGCCGAGCGGUUCACGCGGGCGGACGGCAGCGAGAUGCUGUACAUCGGGCGGGACAGCAUCAUGCCUGGCCAAGCCGCCUGGCCGCUGCCGCACGACGCCCCCUACAGACCCGUCAUUGACCGCCUCCUCAUGGCCGUCAUUGAGGGUGGAUUCUACGAAAAGUGGAGUUCGGAUCUGUUACUCGAGGUACAGAGGAAGAGUCGAAGGAAACAGCGAGAGUUACAAAAGAGUGGCGAAGAAAAAGCCGAGGAAAAAACCACGUUUACCGCCCUCACCAUCACCCACACCCAGGGGGCGUUCAUGGUUCUCCUGCUGGGCCACGCAGCUGCGGCAAUUUUUCAAGUUGUGGAAGUCCUUACUUAGCAACAAUACUGGCUCGGUUCUAGUCUUCUGGGGUUCUAAGCAGGAUCAUGUUUUGGAGCCACAUAAUAUAAUCAGUUACCAGAGCAUCAAUUACUUCAAAUUUCACACUAGGAGUAGUCUUCUCCAUGGAGUUCUCAAGAUGUGUAUCCUCACCUUUUCACAUGCUAUGCAAAGGAGGUCUUCCUGCGUUAGAAGUGACUUCUGCUUUGUCACAUGUUGAGGAGUACUUUUGAUCUAGCCUUUGACCAGCUUAGUCACAUUAAACAUAAGUAAUUGAUAAAUUUCAAGUAUCUUUUCUUAUAUAAAGAAGAAAAGUGUCUUCUUUCUGUACAGUAUAUUCUUUCACCUUCUCCCUGCAGUGCACUUAAGAACUCUCAACCAAGCCAUGACUGCCAUUCACAUUAGACACACACUAUUAAUUCAUGUCAGUUUUUAAGACUGAACCUCUCUCUUAGAAGACCUACUAAUUUCCAAUAAAAAUGAAGGCCAGAUCCAUUCAAAACACAAAA